AUGAUGCAACAACACACCAACGAACGAUUCCAAGAUGAACAUCUAGUUCUCGGUGAAGGGUCUGAAGGAAAAUUCUUCUACAAUCGGUCAUCAUCACCAGAGAAUAUUGAACUCCAAGAAUUACUCAUCAAGAGACAUGAACCUCAUGCAAAAGCUUGUCAAUUGGUAUCUUCUGGAAUUCAAUCCAUUAGUGCUACUCUCCAUGGAAUUAUAAGUCAAAAUAAGUUUGGACCAAUUAAUUUAAUCUAUUCCAAUGAACUGUAUUGUGAUUCGCCAAGAUUAUUCAAUUGGUUGGCUAAAAGCUUUAAGAUUAACUUGGUGAGUGUGGAUGUUGGUAAACCUCAGCAAAUUAUUUCACAAUUUCAAGACAAAAAGUUGUUGAAACAAGUGAAUGUCUUGUUCUUUGAAUCGUGUUCUAAUCCAAAUGGUAAAAUAUUUGAUUUUUCAAUUUUACAGAAAUUGGAAUCACUUUCAAAGUCAUUGACAACUAUUGUGGAUAAUACUUGGUUGACUGAAACUAUUUUCAAUCCAUUUAGUGUGAAACAAGUCGAUUAUGUUGUCUCGUCAAUGACAAAGUACUAUAGUGCUGGAACUUGUAUUGGAGGUUAUGUUUUGGCUAGGUCAAAGAAUGCACUGAAACACAUUGAAGAAUGGAUGAUAGUGAAUGGAAAUCAUGUCUCUCCAUUCCAUUGUGAAUUGAUUACUCAACAAAUGUACAGUAUCGAUGAGAGGAUUGAGAACUCUUCCAAGUUGACUAAAAGGUUAAUUACCGAAUACUUGAGCAAACACCCAAAAGUAUUGGAAAUUAAUCAUCCUAUGAUUUCUACACAUCCAACAAAUACCCUAGUUUCCAAGUAUUUCUCUAAGGUGCUGGAUGAAUUUCUAGUACCAAGUGUUUUCACUUUCAAGGUUAAAGGAAGUAAAUCUCAAAUUUUGGGUGUAUUGACUCGUGUCAAGAUUAUUGAACACAAAACGUCAUUUGGAGGUAAAACAUCAAGAACUGACCCCUGGCCUGAAGAGCAUGACGGUCACACCUUCAUCAGAUUAGCAAUUGGAUAUGAAGAUGAUUAUUCGAGAGUUGUUAAGGGGUUGGAAGAAAUUUUGAAUGCCUUAUAA